AUGGCACUUAAGCUUCCUGCGUCAGAAGCAGCCAAGGUUGCCAUUCAGUCGAUUGGACGCGGAUACGACAUAUCCGAAGAUCUGAGGUUGAAGUACUGUAAAGGGGAUUCACGUCUGAUUGAGAUCGAUGAGGAUCAGGGUAGGGAGAUUGUUCUACCUGGUGGGACAUCUGUGCCAAACGUUUCAAAAUCGAUCAAAUGCGAUAAAGGAGAGAGGACUCGUUUUCGCUCAGAUGUUCUAUCCUUUCAGCAGAUGUCAGAGCAAUUUAACCAAGAGCUGUCAUUGACCGGAAAAAUCCCUUCUGGGCUCUUCAAUUUUAUGUUUGAGUUUUCUGGUAGUUGGCAAAAAGAUGCAGCGUACACAAAAACCCUUGCUUUUGAUGGAAUGUUCAUAACACUCUACACAGUUGCACUUGAAAAAUCUCAGAUGGUGCUCUGUGAUCACGUAAAAAAAAAAGUUCCAUCGACAUGGGAGCCUGCUGCAUUGGCAAGGUUCAUUGAAAAGUUUGGCACGCAUAUUAUUGUUGGUAUAAAGAUGGGUGGGAAGGAUGUAAUAUUUAUGAAACAACAGCAUUCUUCAUCACUUCAACCAGCUGAUGUGCAGAAACGAUUGAAGGUGAUGGCUGAUAAAAGGUUUCUAGAUGCAAAUGAACAAUAUGGAAUGGAUACAGAACAAAUAUACCAGACUGAGAAGUUUGAAAUGAGGGAGACAAAGCUGAGGUUUGCAGAUACUGGCACAUCAAGUUCUUGCUCACAUAAAGACGAUAUUGUUACCAUCUGCAAAAGGAGAGGUGGAAGUGAUAUUAGAAGUUUGGCCCAUAAUGAGUGGCUACAAACAGUACAGUUCGAACCUGAUGUGAUCUCGAUGUCCUUUAUUCCAAUAACCUCCCUCCUGAAUGGUGUCUCUGGGAGUGGAUUUUUGAGCCAUGCCAUUAAUCUAUAUUUGCGCUACAAACCACCAAUUGAAGAACUUCACCAGUUCUUGGAAUUUCAGUUGCCUAGGCAGUGGGCACCCAUUUUCAGUGAUCUCCCCCUUGGUCCACAGCGGAGGCAACAAGGUUCACCUUCAUUGCAGUUCAGUUUAAUGGGUCCCAAACUUUUUGUAAAUACCACUCCGGUUGAUGUGGGUAAGCGGCCCAUCACUGGCCUGCGGUUGUAUCUCGAAGGUAAAAGAAGCAACCGCUUGGCAAUCCACUUGCAGCACCUGUCCUCCCUUCCAAAUGUUUUCCAGCUCGAGGAUGAUCCAAAUGGCAACUUCCGCCAGGAAUCAUAUGAUCACAAAUAUUAUGAGAAGGUUCAGUGGAAGAACUUUUCCCAUGUAUGCACCGCACCAGUUGAAUCUGACGACGACCUUUCAAUUGUCACUGGAGCACAGUUACAGGUUGGGGAUUAUGGGUUCAAAAAGGUUCUGUUCCUACGUCUCCGCUUCUCAACUGUUAAGCAAGCUGUUGCAGUAAAGCAUCCAGACUGGGACGGUCCCGCUGGACUGGCCCGCAAAUCUGGGCUUAUAUCUACUUUGAUUAGUCAACGCUUCACAUCAGUUCAAAAACCACCUCCACAGCCAGCUGAUGUGAAUAUAAACUCUGCUGUUUAUCCCGGGGGCCCUCCCGUUCCCGUCCAAGCACCUAAACUCUUGAAAUUUGUUGACACAACAGAGAUGACGAGAGGGCCGCAAGAAACACCCGGUUAUUGGGUUGUUUCAGGUGCAAGACUUCUGGUUGAAAGAGGGAGGAUCUCACUCAGGGUCAAGUAUGCAUUACUCACAGCAGUGCUACCUGAUGAUGAAGAGUCGGACUGA